GCCUGAUUGUCAUUCUCAACGUUCUUGUGGCCUGUCUUUUCUGCCCUGUACAGAGCAAAGACCCACUCUGUGUAGCCACUAACCAGACACAGGCCAGCGGCCAUGACCUCCCUCAGCUUACCGGAAGUUACGUGGCCUACAUGGAAUGGUGGAACUCCGAGACCGAGAACUUCGUCUUCCGCCAGGACUACGUCUGGCAAGAGGCCAACAUGGCGGCUGUGAAGAUCCGCGGACUGUUUGACCCCGGAGACACCUACGUGUUUAUUUCUGACUACAACUCGAGCCAGCUGUACACGGUGGUGGGGAGUGGAGAUGGCGAGUCGAGAUGCACCACCUAA